AUGACAAAAUCGCAAGGACAACGAGCAGCAAGCGCUACCUCUACCGCCCUUGCCGACACCGCCUACAGCUCGCUGUUCGGCGCAUUGCUAGCCCCUACCGUGAUCCCAACCCCUAUCUCCCGUCACAUCCCGAAACAUCCGAACCACAACACCACCACAAAGAACAUCCUCAAAAAAAUGGCCCGCAACUACUUCUCCCCCUACGCCCCCCGGCGCCGCUCCAACCGCAUGGUGCUGAUCUGGGUCACCCUCUUCUUCUCCAUCAUCUUCUUCAUGUGGUGGGUGCAGACGCGGCACCGGGAUGCGGCGCGGGCGUACGCGGACGUGUUUAUCCGGGGUCCGAGCAUGGAAGGGGAUUAUAACAGGAGGAGGUUUGGAGGGGGGAGUGGACGGAUUUUGGAGGAUGCGUAA